AAUACAUGUGAAUUUUGUAUGACCAAAAUGAGGUUGCAGGCCUAUGUGAGGUGUGAGAAAAUGUGGUGUCAUUGGAGAACUGGGUAGCACCUAAGAAAACAUAAAGUGCUCAUCUACAGUAGGUUCAACACAAGGUUAACACACUGGACGAGUUGUAUUAGGGCUGAAAAUGGCCCUUUCAUACAUGUCUGUGGGAGGGACGUUUUCCAUAUAGGCUAUGCUGGCAUGUUAAUUGGUCUAGUUGAUUUUGAAACAUUUUGUUAAAACUCCUAUGUUUGGCGACGUAAAUAUAGAGCAAUAAUUGUUGUUUCCACUGGCUGCCAGACAUUAACAAAAUCCGCAGCUGUUGUCUUGCAGGCUCCCGCCCCAUAACCGUCGCAGCUGGCUGUGACAGGCACGGGACUGUCCCAGCUGUAGCUACUAAUUUGUUGAUGUGAGCUCCAGAGGAACACAGCCCAUCUGAAUCCAGUUGGUUAAAACGGAAAGGCCGUGUCUUCCUGCGGUGAUGUAGCAGCCACAGGUUGUUUCUGGUGGCAGUUUGUGACGACGCAGCGAAGAUGAUUCAAACAGAAUUUGAAAUGGGAUCACUCAUGCUCCGCUGGUCAAGGCCACGCGCCCCAUUUAGAUAAUUAGCCAGACUGUCAUUUUAUCACUUGUCAAUUAACCUGACCGCGAUUGCACUUUGCUUUUCUGUCAGCCUUAGCAACAAAGAAACAAACGUCUCCCAUUGGCUUCGUCCCAGUACAGACACUUCUUCCAUUCGUCCUCCUCACUGCCACUCAGGAGCGAAAUUAUCGGAAGGCUGCUGUGGCUGCUGCGGAUACAAGGCUCAGUAGGGCUGGGUAGGGUCUGGCCUGGGUGCCCAGUGGAUGCUGAGGGAGGAGGGAAGGAAACACGUUGCCGUUUGUUAUCGUAAUGUGUAUCUCAUUGAAAUGCCGCUGGCACAAUAUAAUGGAUGCAUGCUUUAUCACCAUUGCAACCCCCUCCGUGUUCUGUCAUAGUCUAAUUAGGCUAAUAAUUCAUUGCUGUGCAGCAUCUAGCGUAGACGAAUUGUUGCACCAAAUGCAGCGUUUUUCGCAGUUCAGUUUUGUCAGCCCUUGACUGUCAUCUUUUGGUGCAGAUUUCUAAUAACCCUUAAUCAUCAGUAAUUCCGCAGGGAGGCACCAUGCUGACCAGCAUCACUGAAGGAAUAUUGUGCUGCCUGACUGGGAAGGCUGCCAGUCUGGUCUUGCCCCUGGAGUCAUCAGAAUCCUCUGAUGGGUUUGAGUUUGUGGAGGUGAAACCUGGAAGGGUCCUGCGAGUGCGGCACAUCAUCCCAGAGCGGCGUCCUGCAGCAACGGAAGAGCAAGUUUCUGCCAAGGAGAAGUCGGACGGUGACUGUAAUGAUGAUGGUUCUCCUGAGGAUUAUAAUAAUGAGAGUAAUACUGGCACCAGUGUCCACUGCAAGAGGAAGAUCACAGUCUACCGCAAUGGCCAGCUGGUUAUUGAGAAUCUUGGUGAUGUUUUACACUCUGAAAUACUGCAAUGUCAAGAUGGAGAUCUGGAGCCCUGUAGCACUGUAGAAGUUGAGCUGGCUGACUACAAAGAAAUGGCCUCUUCUCCAGACCCCAACCCUGUUCCUCCUCCAGUUCCUCCACCUCCUGGGGAGCAGAAACCUGCUCCACCUCCUCGUCGCCGACGCCGCAAGCCCAAGCGCAUGGUGCUUAUUGAUUCAAAGAGGGUGAUCUCAAGCUGCAAAGGGACACACUCGGAUGUAGCGCUCUUCUUUGUGCAUGGUGUUGGAGGCUCUCUGGACAUUUGGAACAGUCAGCUGGACUUCUUCUCUCGGCUGGGCUACGAGGUCAUUGCACUAGACCUGGCAGGGCAUGGAGCCAGUAUUGCCCCACAGAUAGCAGCGGCUUAUACUUUUUAUGCCCUGGCAGAGGACCUACGUGCCAUCUUUAAGAGAUAUUCUCGUAAACGCAACAUUCUCAUUGGCCACUCAUAUGGAGUGUCAUUUUGUACCUUCCUGGCCCAUGAAUAUCCUGAUUUGGUCCAUAAGGUGGUGAUGAUCAAUGGAGGUGGUCCCACAGCUCUGGAGCCCAGCCUCUGCUCCAUCUUCCAGCUGCCAUCAUGUGUCCUUCACUGUCUGUCACCCUGUUUGGCUUGGAGCUUCCUCAAAGCUGGAUUUGCCCGUCAGGGUGCCAAAGAAAAGCAGCUGUUGAAGCAGGGCAAUGCCUUCAAUGUGUCUCCAUUUGUUCUACGAGCCAUGAUGAGUGGCCAGUACUGGCCUGAAGGGGAUGAGGUCUACCAUGCCGAACUCACUGUGCCCAUCCUUCUGGUUCAUGGCAUGUGCGAUAAGUUUGUACCUGUGGAGGAGGAUCAGCGCAUGGCAGAGAUCCUCCUGUUUGCAUUCCUAAACGUCAUUGAGGAAGGAAGUCACAUGGUCAUGAUGGAGUGUCCUGACACUGUAAACACCCUCCUCCAUGAGUUCUUUCUAUGGGAGCCUGACAUGUCCAGAAAAGACAGCAGCAAGACAGACACAGAGAAGACAGUUGCUGUUAAUGACUGUCUGCACACACUCAAAAUCAACAGACCUAUGGACAAAUAACCAGCAAGGAGUCUAGUUUUAUCCCGUAAUCAAGCGGAAGGCUAUUUUCAGCAGGUGGCAUGUAUUCUUAUGGCUGCUCUCAGACAAAGAGCAGUUUAUACAGUGUCACAUCUUCAGGUUGUGGACAGCCACUGGUGCUUCAAGAUAAAGUGGGACUUAGGCAUGGUGCCAACUAAAGAAUGGUACAACAAAGACCAAGCCAAGAUGGAUGUAAGACGGAUGCAAAAUACGCAGUCAGUUUCUGCUUCGUUUUUUUUUUUUUGAUAUGGAUAUGUACUCCACUGCGUCAUGUUUGCAAAGCAACACAAUACCUGGUGAUCAAAAGGACUACAGUAUGUCCAUUUGUGAUAUGUGUAUUAAAUAUUUCUGGUGAAGAACUGACUUCUAGAUCAUGCAAAAGGCAUUAAAUCCAUGAAAUGGUGUCUGAAUUUUCUCACCUUUAUCUUAAAUGUUCUGUAAAGUUCUGCAGAGCUUGUGGCCUAACCUUUAUGGAAUGAUUAUUAUGGCCCCUAUUAUGUGUGCUUUCAAUGAGAAGCUGGUAAAGUAAUACUGUAUGUACUGGACUGGGGAAUUAAAAAUGUGAUUGGCCUGAAUGAAGCUGAAGGACAGCUUAUAAUGAAAUUAAAGUCUUGAUGAUAAGAAUAAUUUAUUAUUCAAUACUGACAGGAAGGUAGUGGAAAAUGUGUUACAGACAUUAAAUAAAUACCAAUGUACAUAUAAAGUGUAAUUAAUUGCACCAUUUACAUAAAUUCAAGUAUGCCUGAAAGAGGAACACAUAACUCUAAUAUAAAGUCAACAUUAAAAAACUAUUUGUGUCUACAGUACAGCAAGCAUAAUGUAACCAGUUCAGCAGUUCACAGUUGCAUGAAACUUAUUUAAUGAGAGAUUUAUGUGAACUGUGCAAAAACAGUUGUUAAUAACAGACAUGGAAGACAAAAUGUUCUGCUUCUUUAAUUUAAUUUCUUCAAUACUAUGUAAUAUCCUAAAGAUACAAAGUAACACGGCCCUAAAAUGUAUCAGGGUUGUUUCUGACAGCAAUAUAUUCUGAUUGAAAAUUUCCCAGCACACUCCUCUGUAAUCAAAUGAGUGUUCCUCUUAAUGUCUAUGUAUUAUUUUGCCUCUAUUUUGAAAUAACAGCAACUGCCGUAAGGAGCUGUGGUUGUAUCGACUGCUUUAAGUUGUUGUGUGUCUAAGUUGAUAAAUGCAAAAUAAGCAUGUGUUCCUCUACACUACUGUCCAGUCCAACCAAAUUAUCUAAUAGUGUCAGACUGGCAGAAAGAGCUAAACAUUAUGCUCACUUAAAGACAUUCAUUCAUGGGUGUGGUUUUGUCUCAUAGUGGGACAGUAAGGUGCGAGUAAAAACAGUCUGAUAUGCUCCCUGACAUCUUAUGACUGGAUUAUCUUAAGACUGGAUAGUUUAUUCUAUUUUGGUAGAAAUAAAACUGGGUGUCCAGUGCUUGAAAUCAACUAUGAGUCUGCCAAAGGAGAAGAUUCCCUUAAAAAGAAGGGUAUUUGUAUUCACCAUGAUGGUCUGUUAUAUAUGCAUUUUGACAGAAUUUGAAUGCAGCAGGAGUGGUAUUAUGCAACUGGAACAAAAUAGAGAGAAACAGAGGGGAAAUAAACUGAAUGGCACUCACACCGCUAAAAUGUUAUUAUAUUCUCUGGACUCUCCAAGGACCGACAAAUGCUGCUGAUGCAAUAUACUGUUUCCUUUGUUGUAUAACUGUAUGGACUACAGGGUGCACAUAUACUUCCUCUUAUGCUAAGUGUGCAUAUACACAAAUUGUCAGUGCUCAUAUAUGUGCUGUAUCUUUUUGUGGUUAACAAAAUGUGUUAAAGUUAUUGUUGCAUUUAUUAAUAGGAAUCAUAAUAUAUGCACUUCCCAAAUGUAGAUGCAUAUAACUUGAUAUAGCCUAUCAAAACAGUUGGAUUUAGUGUAUGAAUGUGCCUUUUCUGGCAUGAAUUAAAACAGAUGUU